UGCAGGGUUUGUAGGAGGGGCCAAAACGGUAAUCUCUUAUAUUGAAAACUCGAGCCGGUGGCUGGGAGAAUUUGUAUUUUAUCCUGAAUUUGAACAGUAGCUGCUGUAACCAUCCAUCCACCUCUUGCACCUGGCAAUACACCUGCCGUUACCGACAACACUUGCACGAGACCUCCGGGCUUCACUAACGCUGUAAAGAUGAAGAUUGAGAACAGCCUGCCCCGCCCCCAGCUCCCCGAGACCCCUCCCCAGACGGGCCUCCAGUUCACCGUAGCGACAGAAGAGGACUUUGAAGAGAUCAUGGCGAUGAGCCAGGACAUCUAUGGAGGGCUGGACUACCUGCCGACCCGCUACACCGCCUGGCUGUCCGAGUCCAACCGCACCGUCAUACUGGCCCGCAAGCAGGGCAAAGUGAUUGCCCUGGAGUCCGUGUGUGUGAUAGAUGACGGUGACACCAUGCUGGUGGAGGGGUUACGUGUGGCCCCGCAGGAGAGGGGGAAGGGCGUGGCAGGGGUGCUUCUGAGGUUCUGCUCACAGCUGGUCAAGUCCAAGUGGCCUGAGGUGAAGGUGACCAGGCUGACCCGCGACGACCAGCUGGGGCCCAAGGACUUUCAGAAGUACCGCCUCAUCACCAAACAGGGCAUCCUGCUAGUUCGCUUCAAUGCCGAAGACCUCAAGCUCCGGCUCUCCGAACUGGGGCUGCAUGUGACCCUCGCUCCCUCCUCUGAGGGUACCUCCCAGGGUUCUGACACCCCCCUGGUUCCCCCGGUCCUUCUGGACCUCAACGAGGCCCAUCAGAUGUUCCUCAACUCUGGCUUGAUGUCCAACGUACUCCCUAACGCUACCAUCGUCCAGGACUGGCAGCCGUUCAAGCCCCUACCCAGCAACAUGGCCAUUCUUCUGAAGAAGGACAUCGACUGGAUGGUGGACGACCGCGACGUCCCCGCCGUGGCCAGCCUCUGCACCCACCCCUUCCGGGUGCCUGGAGGUCCUUACCGAGUUGGUGACGACACGUACUACCUCAACAUCGACGUGUUCGGUAAGGACAUAGGCCUGGUGCUCCAGCAGUUCCUGAGUCACCUCCGGCGCCACACAGCCACCCUGAAGGGCUACGUCAUGUGUCAGAUGUUUCUGGAUCCCCCCAUGUGGAAACCCAUGGUCGAAUUCUGUCGCCAGACACUGAAGGUGGAGCUGGUUAAGGAAUACACAGAGCAGUGCGUGGUCGAGUCGGAUGUCAUGUAGCUGGCAGAAGAGGAAGGAGGAAGAGGAAGAGGAGAAACAAUAUGAAGGAAAAAACGGGAAAAGUGGACAAAUUCAGAAAAUGUUUCAGAGACCCAAUGAAUGAACAAACCACAUUCUCUUUAGAAAAUGAAAUGGGAAAGUUCCCAAAGAAACUUCGGAACGAUUAGCAGCAACCUCCCUAAGCAAGUCUAUAGUGAAACAACUUAGAAGCCGCAUUAGAUUUGCAAUAUAUUUGAUAUUAACACUACCGCUAACAAAAAUAUUUUUGGGAAAAAAGGCAGUUAUUCAAAAUACCUUUUGACAAAUUAGUUUCAAUUAAUUUCUCAGUCUUUUACCAUUCAGUCAUCGCAAAAAUCUAACUCUUAACAACAGGAGUAACUUCAUGCUAACGUUACUCCUUUAAUAAAAUAGAAAAUGCAAGCUAGUUUAUGGUAUGUUAUGCCGUUUAAUCCUUUUUUUUGUAAAUAUAAAGUAUAAAUAUGUACACAUUCUGAAUUGCAAAUAAGUCUGCACAACUCUUGAGGCACUUUAUUAAACCAUAUGAGCUGUUGUGCUAAAGUGCGAGUGAUGAAGUGAGGAAGAGAGGAGUUGGUUUACUUUUAGAGAUGACUGAAUUUAACUGAUUUAGAACGCAUCACUCCCAUCCAUAGUCAUGGUAGAAAUCCUUUUGGACUUAUUCUAUCUAACACCAAAUCCCCAAAUACUGUCGAACAAACAACAGCCCUUCAGUGAAUCUUACAGAGCAUUUGCACGCUUAUAAUUCACACUAAAUGGCUGAAAAUGAACAGCUAGAAACACACUUAGCUCAUAACAAUGAAACCUGGCCAGUUAUCUUUUAAAACAAUUUAGUUGUCUUCGUAGUUUUUUUUUAACAGUCACUCAGUUUUGUUUUUUUAAGCACUUAACCAUAUUGCUAAUUUAUAGCUACUUUUCCAAGCGUACUUGAAUGCGUCAGUAGUACGUAAAGAGGUAAUAUAUUAACAGCAGAAGCUUUCUGGAGGCUGUCGUAUAACAAUGUGCAAUCUAAGCUAACUCUAUAGUAGAUUGCUAACAAUGUGAGAAAAAGGUAGAUGUACUAUACUCAAACAAUUGAACUAAUAUAGUUGAGAUUGACUUAGCAUUAACAACAUUGUUCGGUAGCUAGAGACAUAUUUCAAUGGUAAACGUCGCCAUCACAAAUAUUAUCUGACAGCCUUUGUAAAGGUUCAAUUCUAGUCCCUCGUGGUUGUUGAAAACAUCAACAUAGAUACUACAGUCACGCUAAGACACUUCAUAUCCACUCUACGAAGCUGCGUAGCCACCCUAAGAAGCUUCAUAAGCUUUGGUACAUGGUAAGAGCUCAGCAAAGCAAAUGGGACACAGUUUACUCUCAAAGGCCUCAUAACCACUCUACAAAGCUUCAUAGCCACUCUACUAAGCUUUAUAAGCUUUUGGCUCUUUGCUCUUGAACGUUCCCUUUAAGAAGUGAUGCUUUUGACAUGACGUAGCACUGAACGAGCCUACAUUGCAACCCCCAAAUUGAGACUGAAGCCAUCUAAAACCACUACAGAAGAGAGACUGUCCAUUCUAUGGACUCUCCAACCUGCCCUCGUUGUAAAAGGGACCUUGUUGUAAGGGAUGAAUUGGACGGAGGAAGAGAAUAUCUUUUUUUAUUUGUUUGGUACACUGAACCUUGUCUGGACACCCCAUCUGUCAUCCUCCUGUCUUUCCAAGACGAAAGGUUAAACACACUCACACAUGAUGAACUGAAGGAUUGGACUGGAUCGAUAUCGGACGAUGGAUGGACAAGAUGCCUGGAGAAAGUGGAAUGAAGAAUGAAGCAAAUGUCAUAGCGGAUUCCAUAUUCGUCAAAGCAAAACAGAAACAACGAAACAAUGCUUUGUCAAGGCUGAUGAUGAUUUUCUCAGUUCUUUUGAGAAGCACUUUCUAUUUUUUUUCCACCCAUUGAAGAAGCAGAUCUGGACUGACCCCCCCUUUUUUGCUGCAGCUAGUCGUGAGGAAGAGGAAGAUGAAGAUUUUUAGCAACCCGAAUCCAGUGGUGAAGAGUAGUACACAAGCAAUCCCACAUAGAUGUAUUUUUUAACAAGAUUGGCAUUCACAUUCUAGCCCAUUUACAUCUACCCAAUGCAUACACUCCACCCCCACCCGUCUCUGCAUACACUCCCCA